ACGUGAUAGACAACUCAAACAUCUGCUGAUAUAAUGUGACAAAAGACUCUUCCCUUCUCAUGUGGACUGUGACCAGUGCACACAAACGAUUUCCCAUUUCCUGCCUUCACUGCAUUCGUGAUCUGUAAGCUCAGGCCAGUAACAGAUUUCACUGGUCAGUGAUAACAACACAGAUGAACUCAUGCAAGAGACCUUGUUUUCUUUUGAUCAUGGAGCUCUCAUUUUUUCAUGGAAAGAUAACAAGAAGAACCUGUGAAGAACUGAUGAGCAAGGGAAAGAAUGGUAGCUACUUAGUACGAGAGAGUGAAAGCAUGAAGGGAGUCUUGUGUCUCUGUGUUUUAUUUGAAAAAUGCAUCUACACUUACCGUAUCUUCAGGGCACAGCAAGGAUACUUUAAAAUACAGACUUCUGAAGGUUUACCAGAGAAGGUCUUCAGAACAUUAAAGGAUCUCAUAUACAAUUAUGAAAAGCCAAAUCAAGGCCUAGUAAUAAACCUCCGCUACCCAGUGAAGAAACUAGAGGCCUCGCACAGAAGCCAGAGGUUCAAUUCAGGAAAGGAUGUAGUUUAUGAUGAGAUCGAUGAGAGCGAUUACAUCAUGGUCUUACCCUGACGGAUCUUCGACCCAGCAGUUCUGGAAGCUGUUGUUCCAGGCUGCGCUGCAGCACAGGGGAUCAGCUGAGGAGAGCUCCAGGCUGGGCAUUCUCCACUGUGGAUCCACACCUCUCGAGUUAAUCUCCUCCUUUGCAGACUGUCGGAGCAGGCACAGCUGUGUUUUUCUCCAGCAGGUCCAGUACAAGCUAUUUUUGUUCAGCAAUAAAAGAAUUAAUAAGAGACACAUGUUGGGGAAGGGUAUCUGUGCGCAUGGACGUGUACUUUGGCUUUUGAGUUAGCAAACUGUCCAAGAUGUCUGUUGCCAAAAUGAACAAUCCGUCAGGAAGCAGCAAUAUAAAUGCAACGAGCAAAUGUGCAUAAAGCAGAAGUG